UUAGUGUAGUUGCCACUUAAUUAGUGCUAUCAAUAACAUACAAAAAUUACUGGAAUGCCCAGAAGAUCUGUAUCAUCUCUGCAAAGCGGGAAGUUAAUCGUGUGAGGUAGGGUGGGUUUCUUUGCUAGAUUAAAUGUUAGCAUCCAGCGAAGGAAACAAAUCUGGUCCCAAGCAAGAAUGAAGAGUAAGAGGUUUGGGGUUGUAUCAGGCUCUGCCACUCGCAGUGUGACUCUGCAGACUCAUCAUCUAUAAAAUGGGUUGUCAUAAUGCCUAUUUUAGAAGAGUAUUGUGAAAAUAUAAUUGUGGUUUAUAAGGAGCUUUGAGAUCCCUGGAUGAAAAGUGACAUAUGAAGUCAAAAUAGAAUUAUAAAACUAAUUUUCAGGAUCUUCUUUCUUCCUUGUCUUUUGCAUAAGCAAAGUUAUAGAGACCUGUAGUCAACCUGUACAGCGAGUAUGAAUAUGUGAAUGUACAAAUGUACAGGAGUCCUUGAGCAGUCCUCUUACUAUACCUGCACAUUCAGGUGUUCCCUUUGGUGUAUUUAUUAGCUCUGUUCCAAUGGAUAUGUUUACACUGCAGUUUUUGGGUCUACUUGAUACAUAAUGCAUUAUCUGUUCUUUCUUUUGCAGAACAUAGUAGGUCAUUGUGCUGAACUAAUGAAAAGACCUCUGGUGCAUCAGAAAUCAGUGUGCUAUGUAGGAAAUGAAAAAUGACUUGUACAGAGAGGUUGCAGAAAUGGCAGAAGAUGGCAGUGAUGAAACCAUGUUUAUUUGGUGUGAGGACUGUGGUCAGUAUCAUGAUUCAGAAUGUCCCGAGUUGGGCCCAGUGGUGACAGUCAAAGACUCUUUUGUGUUGAGCAGGGCAAGGUCAUCUCUGCCUUCCAACCUGGAGAUAAGACAACUCGAAGAUGGGACUGAAGGUGUAUUUGCACUGACUCAGUUGGUCAAACGUACCCAGUUUGGCCCAUUUGAAUCUAAGCGAGUUGCCAAACUGGAAAAGGAGUCAGCCUUUCCACUGAAGGUUUUCCAGAAGGAUGGGCCUCUGGUUUAUUUUGAUACCUCUAAUGAAGAUGACUGCAAUUGGAUGAUGAUGGUGAGGCCAGCCACUGAAUAUGAACACCAGAACUUGACUGCCUUCCAGCAUGACAGCGAUAUUUAUUUCACUACCUCCCGGGACAUCCCACCGGGGACAGAGUUGCGAGUAUGGUAUGCAGCUUUCUAUGCCAAAAAAAUGGAAAAGCCAGUGCUAAAGCAGGUUACUACUAUUGCCAAUGAUAUGUGUUUAGUUGUGAUGGAAUAUGACAAAGAAGGGAACAGACUCUCUUCAAAGUCUCCCAGUGCUGUUUUCUCACAUAAAAAGCCCAAGAAGUCCAAUGUGCCUGAAGCUGAUAUUUCAGCAAGUACUCCAGAGGGCAUUGGGCCUCCUGAACUGGAGUCUAACCAGUGGACAUGUAAAGUGUGUUCCUCCAUUUUCCAGGAACCUCAGCUGCUGACAGAGCAUCUGUUGAGUCACUUGGAGGAAGCGAAAGGAGUCCCCCAGACUAGCCAAAGUGAAGGAGUUCCAGAAAAGGCUGUAGAGGCUCCUGCUGCAGAUCAGCCUGUAAUCAGUGAAGGGGCCAGCCCCAACUUAGAUACGAGGAGGAAGCCGCGAAGGGGAAGAAAGUCCAAAACAGCAAAAACAGAAACACCUCUUGUUGUUGUUGAAGACAAAGACCCUGCAAGUGAGACAGUGGAUCGUGUGGCUGAAAUUAUAACAGAGAUUCCACCCGAUGAGGUAGCCAUUCCUUCUGCAGCCGAAGAAAGGAUUAUGGAACUGGUUUUAGGAAAGAUGCCAAGCACCACAAAUAAUAUUAGUUCAGUAACAAAUAGGUUUACUCAUCACCAAAACACCAUGUCCCUCAAAAGAAGUUUAAUUCUCUCCAGUAGACAUGGAAUACGGCGCAAGUUGAUGAAGCAACUUGGGGAUCACAAGCGAGUGUACCAGUGCAGCAUCUGCAGUAAGGUCUUCCAGAACAGCAGCAACCUCAGCAGACACAUCCGCUCUCACGGUGACAAACUAUUUAAAUGUGAAGAAUGUGCCAAGCUAUUCAGCCGUAAAGAGAGCUUGAAGCAGCAUGUUUCAUACAAACACAGCAGGAAUGAAGUUGACAGUGAGUACAGAUUCAAGUGUGCUACGUGUGAAAAGGCCUUUCGGAUAGAGAGUGCAUUGGAAUUCCACAAUUGCAGAACAGACGACAAGACGUUCCAGUGUGAGAUGUGUUUCAGAUUCUUUUCUACAAACAGUAACCUCUCAAAACACAAGAAGAAGCAUGGGGAUAAGAAAUUUUCAUGUGAAAUCUGCAAUAAAAUGUUCUACCGGAAAGAUGUCAUGUUGGAUCAUCAGCGGAGACACUUGGAAGGGGUGAGGCGCGUGAAAAGAGAAGAUUUUGAGCACAGCGCAGAGAACCUGGUCCGCUACAAGAAGGAACCAUCAGGAUGCCCAGUGUGUGGAAAGGUCUUUUCAUGUAGGAGCAAUAUGAAUAAACACCUUCUGACACAUGGAGACAAGAAGUAUACCUGUGAAAUCUGUGGACGUAAAUUUUUCAGGGUGGACGUGCUUAGAGACCAUAUUCAUGUUCAUUUUAAGGACAUUGCAUUAAUGGAUGACCACCAGAGGGAAGAGUUCAUUGGUAAAAUUGGAAUCUCUUCAGAGGAAAAUGAUGACAACUCUGAUGAAAGUGCAGAUUCUGAGCCUCACAAGUAUAGCUGCAAAAGGUGCCAGUUAACCUUUGGCAGAGGGAAGGAGUACCUGAAACACAUAAUGGAUGUUCACAAAGAGAAAGGCUAUGGCUGUAGUAUCUGUAAUCGACGAUUUGCUUUGAAGGCAACUUACCAUGCUCACAUGGUCAUUCAUCGAGAGAACCUGCCUGAUCCCAAUGUGCAAAAAUAUAUCCAUCCAUGUGAAAUUUGUGGAAGGAUAUUUAAUAGCAUAGGGAAUUUGGAACGACAUAAGCUUAUUCACACAGGUGUAAAAAGCCAUGCCUGUGAGCAGUGUGGUAAAUCAUUUGCCAGAAAGGACAUGUUAAAAGAGCAUAUGAGAGUCCAUGAUAACAUCCGAGAAUACCUGUGUGCAGAAUGUGGUAAAGGAAUGAAGACAAAACAUGCUCUACGUCAUCACAUGAAGCUCCACAAGGGGAUUAAAGAAUACGAAUGCAAGGAAUGCCAUCGGAAAUUUGCACAGAAAGUCAAUAUGCUAAAGCACUACAAAAGGCACACAGGGAUCAAAGAUUUCAUGUGUGAGCUUUGUGGGAAAACAUUUAGCGAAAGAAACACAAUGGAGACUCAUAAACUGAUUCAUACAGUAGGGAAACAGUGGACAUGCUCAGUCUGUGAUAAGAAAUAUGUCACUGAUUACAUGCUUCAGAAACACAUCCAACUAACUCAUGAUAAGGUAGAAGCUCAGAGUUGUCAGCUUUGUGGGACAAAGGUUUCUACAAGAGCUUCAAUGAGCCGACACAUGAGGCGCAAACACCCAGAGGUCCUUUCGGUUCGAAUUGAUGAUUUAGAGCAGCUCCCAGAAACUACCACUAUUGAUGCCUCCUCUAUUGGAAUUGUUCAGCCAGAGCUAGCCCUGGAACAGGGAGAGUUACCAGAAGGUAAGCAGCAUAUGAAAGCUCCUAAACGUGGCCCAAAGCGAAAGCAAAAAGCAGGCGAAGAGGAGGAAACACAAGUGCCUGAGGACCCUGCCUUCAGUGAAUACACAGAAAAAGAAGCAGAAUUUGCAGGGAAUGUUGGAGAUGAGACCAACUCAGCUGUACAAAGCAUUCAGCAGGUGGUGGUGACCCUUGGCGACCCAAAUGUCACAGCCCCUUCCAGCUCUGUUGGGUUGACAAAUAUCACUGUCACUCCCAUUACCACAGCAGCUGGAACCCAGUUUACGAACCUUCAACCAGUGGCUGUUGGCCACCUGACUGCACCUGAACGACAGUUACAGCUUGACAAUUCAAUUCUUACUGUGACAUUUGAUACUGUCAGUGGUUCUGCCAUGCUUCACAAUCGCCAAAACGAUAUUCAAAUCCAGCCACAGACAGAGGCAGCCAAUCCUCAGUCUGUGGCCCAUUUUAUAAACCUAACCACCCUGGUGAACUCCAUUGCUCCUCUAGGGAACCAGAUAACAGAGCAACAUCCCUUGACGUGGAGGGCAGUACCUCAGUCUGAUGUCCUGCAGCCCCAGUCACAGCAAACACAACAGCAGUCAGGACAACAGCAAGUUCAAACAGAACAGCAGCAACAGAUGUACAGCUACUAAUUUAUACUUGGAAAUGAAUAGGACUGGGAGAGCAAGCAAAAUCUCUGGGGAACUUUUAACAGAAUUCUUCUGUGGAUACCAAAUAGAAGUGGGGAAAUGUUUAUACAAUGAAAUGUAAACUAAAAUUGGCAGAGCACCCGUGCAGCAAUCGAGUCCUGAGAUCCCUGCACAUUUUCUAAACAUUGCAGUGAGUCUUGCCCUAAAUUCUGCACUCCAUUGUGAUGGUAUGUUUAAUGUAGUAAUGCUUCUGAAUUCAGCAGCACAAUGGACCUGACACAAAAAUGUGGAGAAAUCACAAAUGGUUAACGUGACUCUAAAGCUUACAAAACCCCUUCAGCCAUAAAACAUACAUUUCUUUCCAGUCUGGAGGGUAUGGAGAUGAUAUUGACAGUGUGCUGGGAUUCACUGGUAGUCACCUUGUAGAGACUGUAAUGUUAAGACAUGAAUGAAGAAAGUGAUAAUUGUCUUGUUUUAUUCUUCUUUAAAUCAUGUAUGUACCAGAGCAUUUGAUAAAGUAGGUGGGGUUUGGGGCUGGGUGGGGGGGAAGGUAUUAUGUGGAAGAAAAUGUACCUUAAUUUCACAAACUAUUUCCAUUCUGGUGAUGGAAAAUCCUUGGCCUUUAACAACAGUGUCAGUGUUACUUGAAUCAAAUAGCCAAUCAAAUGUUAAGGAGACUUUUACAGUCUUCUAGUAAAGAUAAGUCUGAAGCAAACCAGCAAUGAACUGAAACCAUGUUGUGAAAUUUUAUGUAAUUUUUUUCAAAGCUGCUUUAAUAUGGCUUUUAGCUAGGGGCCUUGUUAUACCUUAUGCUGUGAGCCGCACAAAUAUUGGCUGGUGUUAGUGCUAGCUUGGAGUGUGGAGCAAUCAUAUUCUUAGUCUAGAAAUCAUCUCUGAUUGUCCCCCACCCGCGCAGCUUUGACUUGCAAGUAGAGGCAGGGGUAGGACUAGGAGCUGUAGCUGUGAGUUACCACUAGGGGGCUAGUGAGCCAGGACAGGCUUCUAUCCCUGCUCUAUCAGCAGGGGUAUGAGAGAUCCUGGGAUAGUGGAGGAUUUCAGCUUGGGCGGCACAUCUACGAGAACUGGCCACACCUUAAUGGAACAGGAGCUGGGUGGUACAGAUCAGAGAUAAUCCUGCCCUGCAGUGGCAUAACUUUGAGCCACAUAACAACUGCUUAAAACCAUAUAAGGUGUUAAUGUGUGCAGGGGUUAAGAGCUCUAGGAGCUGCCCAAAAUUACUAUGUAACAAGGCCCUAACAGGCUUGAAAAAGAAAUGAUCAGUCCCCUUUGAUCAUGUUCAAGAUGUGAAUUUACCAAUUAGUCUUUCAUUGUGUAAUAAACAUUUGAGAGAGUAAUUUUUACAUAUAAAUAUAUAUAUAUGUGUAUAUGUGUGUAUGUAUAUAUAUAUAUAUAUAUUUAGCCUUUGUACUUUCAUGUGUGUUCUUGGUGAAUGUUUAUGUAUUAAGGACCCUGCUAUGAUUUUGGUCCUUUUUUGUUUUGUUUUGUUUCAUUUUCUCCCUUUGUUCUUCUGCAACACAGAACUGGUGUGUGAAAUCUGCUUGUAAAACUUCCAGAACCCAUCACCACGCACUGGUUAUGUGUGGACACAAAAAAGUCAAAGUGCAAUGUCUGGCAUAUGUGAUACUGUGCCACAAGGAGGCAGCUUGAGCCUGUGGAUAAUAGACAAGCCCUGCCUGGCUAUAGGGGGAAAUUAAGGAUUGCUUCAGCCAUUUAUCAUAGCUGAUACUGCCUGGUAAAUAUUCACUACCUGGUAAAUUGUAACUUUUGCAUUUCCUUAUGCUACUGAGCAGUCUGGAUUGUUGUAUGUCAAGAUGAAGAUCAUCUCCCAUAUAAAGAAAGCAGCAUUGUUGUUGGCAAAGAGCAAUGAAUGCUAAAAGUUGCUCUUUGUCACUGAAAUAACAAAAGUUAUGUAGUAUCUUCCAAACCAUCAGUGGAUGAAGAACAGAUUCCUUUACAUUGAUUGCUACAGACAGAGGCACUCCAAUAUGAUAAGACGGACGAUAAAGCAGUUGAUCAAUGCAAAUAGACUGGUGUUAAUGAAAGGCUCAUCUGUGCCUAAUAUCUUGAUUAAAAUGUUCAGUUCAUAAACAAAAAUUGAUUAGGAAUGAGUUAAAAUUAAAAGCAUGUAUCAACAGGAUCCAUUUAACCCCAGGCAAAUGUAUUAUAACUCCCAAAGAAUAAUUCUGCAAAAACAAACACCUCAAAAUACGAAUGUCUAGAAACAAACAGUAAAGGGAUGCAGUCACUUCACUCAUCAUUACGUGGUCCUUAUGCUGUCCAGGGGCCUUAACCAGGACUGGGGCCUUAACCUGCUUGGCAUACCGUGGUAAAAAACAUACCACGAAGACGGUUGUACCUCUAGAACCAACCAAAUAAAAGUCAUACCAUGUAUUCUUCCUUCAAUUAUUAUCACUCCUGACAAAUUCCAUUUCUUUGUUCAAUCUAAACUAUGCACCCUUGCUGUGUUCUGAAAUAAAAACA